GUGACAAUAAGCAUGACCUAGUUUCGCGGUAAUAUAUACACCUAGAAAUUAAUACAAACGAAAUUAAUGAAUGAAGGUUAUAACCAAAAGAAUUACAACCAAUGAUCUUGGUACAACAUGAUAGCUUUGAGGAGGUUUAGUAAAGUGAUUAAAUGUGUGUAUCAAUUAAGAACAUUGAUAAAGUGGAACCAAACAGAAAUGUCGAAUGAAAAAGAAAAAGAAAAUUUCUAUAGAUUUUCUACGUUGAUUGUAGAUGACGCCAAAGAUUCAUUUAUAGGAUUGUUAGAUGCAUAUCUCACUGCCGAAGGGAUUUCCUAUCAAGAAUUUUUAGAAAGGAACGCACACGAACUAUACCAUCUUUGUUACAACAAUCAGCCAUGCUGUCUUUGUCUUCCAAACGUUCGUAAACCAAUAAAUGGUCCAUCAAGUCGAAUUUUGAAACCAGCACAGUUAGAUUUAUUUUUUAAUACUACAAGUGUUACAAGGUUACCAGGACACAAUACAAACAGUCGCUCUAAACAAUGCUGCUUUCCAAUUAAUAUUAAUUUCAAAAAGGAAGAUCUUGACUUAACACUCACAAGGUGUCUUCUGGUGAAUUUUACCACUAGUAUACCACAAGGGUCUACAGAGAGAAAUGCAGUUGAAGAGCUAACACACCUGAGGAAUAUUGCAUACGGACACGCUAAGCAAGGAGCUAUUCCUCAACAAGAUUAUGAUAAGUAUUUCAAACAAAUCAAGAAAUGUUUGCUGACCAUAGGACGGAAAUGUAAAAACGAAGAUGAAGUGAAACAGAAAUUGAAGGACGCACAAGUCAGACCGUUAGAUAAUACUAUUUACAAUCAAUUCCAAACCCAUAUGUUGAUGAUAAUGGAAAGAAAUGAGGAUUUAAGAACGAUCGUACCUGAAAUUAUCCAAAAGACAAUUGUCGAAACAAUAGGGUCUUCCAACAUUGCCUCCACGAGCAGAAAGCGAAAGAAUGAAGGUAUUAAAGUAAACAUGUCAAUUGACUAA